UGUAAAUUCUUCAGAAAUCCCGCAAAAUUCCCACCAGACUUGCAAUUACCACUUCCGGAACUUGCAGCAUUCGACAUGUGCCAGCAAAGGGCCAUGUUUAAGCCGAUGAAACCAGAAGAGAAGGAGUGGCUGAAGCAAAGGUGCGGGGGCUCUUGGAAGCUUGUUCUUGGAUACAUUUUGGUCGGCGAGAAGAAUUGCCGCCGCGGGAAAUCUCAGGUCACUGCUGGACCAGGCCACAGCAUUGUGGUCACCGCAAGUGGGGCCGUAUACUCAUUUGGCAUGAAUUCCUCGGGCCAGCUAGGCCUUGGGGACACAGAAGACAAGUUCAAGCCAUGCCUUAUCAGGUCUCUGCAAGGCAUCAGGAUCACGCAUGCCGCGGUUGGAUCGAGUCGAACAAUGCUCGUGAGCGACACGGGAAGUGUCUACGUAUUUGGAAUCGACACCUUUGGGGGGUAUAGUUUGAAUGGAGCACUUGCUACUGACUACGUUAACAUGCUUGCAAAGCGGACACAAAUCACAAUUUGGCCAGUGUGUCGCUGGUCCAAAUGCGAUAGCAAAAAAUUCACUUGAGGCGCUUAAGCCUUCCACACCGCAGCGCUCAUGACGGAUCUAGUGGCACCGAGGAAUUGCACCUUGUACGCGGAGGCCGCUGAACUUCCAAGUGAUGCCGUCCUCAAUUUGAGC